GCGCGCUGGUUGACACUUACCCCCCUGAAGUAGAUCUGAAAUCUACCACUCACAUUCUUCAGAUAGAAAAGAGAGAUUACGGAGAGAGAAACCGAGAAAUAGUAGAACUCCUGUGAUAAGAGAGGGAGAAGGAGAGAGAGGGAAAGAGUCUGUGUUUGUGGUGUUGGUGUUGGUGGUAAAUACUGUCUUUCAAAACCCCACUACUUCCCAACAAAAGUGAAGAAAAGAGGGAGAAACCUCGACCCUCACCAUUUUUUUCUCAUUAUUUAUUGCUUGGAAGUGAAUACUCCGGAAGCCAUGGAUCCUCUUGAAGCCACUAACGUAGUGCUCUCGAAGAUAAAAGUGUUGGAGCCAGAGAACGCUUCUAAAAUCUUGGGGUACCUUCUCAUACAGGACCUUGGGGAGAACGACUUGAUACGCUUGGCCCUUGGGUCUGAGUCGUAUCUCCAAGCUCUCAUUCUCAAAGCCAAAACUCACCUGGGUCUUCCCUCAAACCUCUCUUCCACACCCUCUACACCUUCCUCUCCUUCGCCUCUCAACCCCAUCGCCAGACCAGCCAACGCCAACCCAUUUUCGCACUCCUCUCCCAGACUUCCGAACGGAUUUGACUUUCUUAAGAACCCAUCUUCUCCUUCCUCAAACUCUUGGCUACUUUCUGGGCUCCCAAGCAACCCCAUUAGCCCAAAGUCAAGUCCUUUGCUCUCCUACGAUAAUAUCCGCGCCGGCUCGCUUCCUUUACGUUCAUUCUCGUAUAAUAAGAAUGGGUUUGAGAGUGGUAGUGGCACUAACACUGACCUCAUGGACGAGCAACAACUCAGCGACUGCCUUUCCUUUCUCAACGACUCAUCGUCUUCAUCCAAGACUGAAGAUUUGCUCGAUCGAAGACUCGAAUUGGGUCAUGGAGUUCACAAUUGGGUACAGUCUGGCAACAAUGGUGAAGCUCAUCUCCACAGAAGGAGCUAUUCUGAGAGCGAAGUGUGUUUCGAGUCAGAAGAACCCGGUUUGGGAACUGGGUACAAGCCCUGCCUUUAUUUUGCUAGAGGGUUUUGCAAGAAUGGCAGCAAUUGCAAGUUUGUGCACGGCGGGUUUGCUGAUUCGGUGGACGGGCCUCCUGGUCACGGUGUGGGUUCCCCGAGUAAGUUUGAGGAGUUGGAACUGCACGAGGAGAUGAUGAGAUUGAAGGCUGCGCAGCAGCAAAGGUUGGCUGCACAGCAGUUUUUGGCUGGAGUGUCAUCUCCACAGUCAGCGUACAACAAGUACAUGACUUUUCUCUUGCAGCAGCAGAAUGAACCCCAGAGAGCGGCGGCAACAUUCAUGAUGGGGGAAGAUUUUUACAAGUUUGGCCGCUGCCGGCCAGAGAGGAAUGACUUCUUGGCAAUGGCAUCUUUAGAAAAGGUGAAUGCGGCUUCGAGGCAGAUCUACUUGACCUUUCCCGCUGACAGCUCUUUUAAAGACGAAGAUGUUUCCGACUACUUCAGCAAAUUUGGACCAGUCCAAGAUGUGAGGAUUCCAUACCAGCAGAAGCGAAUGUUUGGAUUUGUUACAUUUGUCUACCCAGAAACCGUGAAGCUCAUUUUGGCCAAAGGGAAUCCCCAUUUUAUAUGUGAUUCACGUGUGCUUGUCAAGCCCUACAAGGAGAAAGGAAAAAUUCCAGAUAAAAGGCAACAACAUCAGCAACAACAGCAACUAGAGAGGGGAGAAUUUUCACCUUGUUUGAGCCCUUCCGGGCUUGACUCUAGAGAAUCCUAUGACCCCCUUGGAGCACGAAUGUUUUGUAACACACAAGAAAUGUUAUUAAGGAGAAAAUUAGAGGAGCAGGCUGAAGUGAAGCAAGCCAUUGAACUCCAGGGAAGAAGACUGAUAAAUUUGCAGCUUCCGGACUUGGAUGAACGUAUAAACCAUCACCAGCGUAGUCUGUCUGUUGGUUCUCCUGUUCUCUUAAAUCCUCAGCUUCGUGCUAACAUCAAUCGAAGUGUUAUCCUCCCAUCUAAGAACAUCAAUCAAGAAAUUGCAGAAGGUCAGCCAUAUGAUGGUCACGGGGACAAUCUUGCCGCAGCUGCUGAGAAUCUGCUACAGCAGGAAGCGAAUCUAGCUUGUAUUCACGACAGUGGUAGUGCCAACAGCAUUGAGAGCUUCCAUGCUGAGGAGUUUGAUCUCCAUAAAAGUGUAGAGCACCUUUUGCCUUCUCCUACCAAAUCAGCAGGGGACGAAAUCUCUGACUUCUCUGCCGCUGUAUUGGAGGUUAAUGAGAGAUCUGCAUUCCCAACUACUCAAUCUUCUUCUGAUAACAACUUAUCAGCCGGCAAUUCUGCUAGUGACAAAGCUUUGCAAUAGUUUCUACAUGUCAAGCUUUUUGUGAUGUAGGUUUUGUAAUGAGCAUGAUCAUGGAAGCAGGGAUUGACUUCACUAGG